AUGGAACAGACUAAAGUUAAUUCACCUCGGCUUUUUGUGUGCACCGCCAUAGAAAACAAGGAUGAAAUAGAAGAGAGAUAUGAAAGAGCUUACAACUUUUUCCAAUCUCUCGUCGCGGACUGUAGUGAAAAAGAAGCUCAUGACGCGCUUAACAAUGCUGUAUGUAAAAAUCAUGAAGACGUGUCACUUGGAAUGCUCAUGUCCAUUCUCACUGAGCCUCACAAUGCUACUAAAUGUUAUAGAGAUCUUACUCUUGUGACCAGAGAUGGAUUAACAUGCGUACUUAACAACCUGUCCAAUUUGAUCUUAGAAAGAUAUCUAAAAUUUCAAGAUACUACCCGGAAUCAGCUGUUAUGGCUAGUAAAAGAAAUGAUAAGAAAUGCAGUGACUGGUGUCGAUAGUGUGUGUUGGAAUUUGAUGCGAUAUGCAUCAGGAGGAGAUAUUACUCCUAAAAAUAUUUUCUUAGUAGAAUCUCUUUUAGAUAUUUAUAUUGACAAUAGAAUGUGGCUUGAUAAAUUCCCUGUGCUUGUGUGUAUGGUAGUAUACACAUAUUUAAGAUUAAUAGAAGAUCAUAAUAUACCACAAUUAAUGACCCUUAGACAAAAGGAAGUCAAUUUUGUUAUUGCUCUUAUUCGAGAACAUUUUAAUGAAGUCUUAACCCUUGGAAGAGACUUAGUAAGGCUACUACAAAAUGUUGCCCGCAUUCCUGAGUUUAACCAGUUAUGGCAAGAUAUUUUAAUAAAUCCAAAAACAUUAUCCCCUACAUUUACUAAUGUCAUGCAACUCCUACAAACAAGAACUUCCAGACGUUAUUUACAAUCAAGAUUGACACCUGAUAUGGAAAGAAAAUUAGUAUUUUUAACAUCUCAGGUUAGAUUUGGACAUCAUAAAAAGUAUCAAGAGUGGUUUCAGAGACAGUACCUUGCCACACCAGAAUCUCAAUCACUCAGAAGUGACAUGAUUCGCUUUAUAGUAGGGGUUAUACAUCCUACAAAUGAAUUGUUAUGUUCUGACAUAAUUCCAAGAUGGGCAGUGAUUGGAUGGCUCUUAACCACUUGUACAUCAAAUGUAGCUGCAUCAAAUGCUAAAUUAGCUUUAUUUUAUGAUUGGUUGUUUUACGAUCCUGAAAAAGAUAAUAUUAUGAAUAUUGAACCGGCGAUCCUUGUGAUGCAUCAUUCAAUGAGAUCACAUCCAGCUGUUACAGCGACUUUACUAGAUUUUCUUUGCCGGAUUAUUCCAAAUUUCUAUCCACCAUUUGCUGAUAAAGUAAAACAAGGUAUUUUCAAUUCUUUACACCAAAUUAUAGAAAAAAGAGUAUUGUCUAAUUUGCAGCCCUUAUUCGAUUCACCUAAACUAGAUAGAGAAUUAAGAACAACAGUAAGAGAAACUUUUAAAGAAUUCUGUGUCAAUGGAAAUGGAGAAGGUGUAUCUGGAAUUCAUGUUGAAGGCACUGAUGACUUACCCAGAGGUGGGCCCGAUGAACCAGCAUUUUCUGAUGAUGAAGAUGAUCCUCCACCGAUUAUUGCAGAAGACACUGAUGAUGACGAUCUACCAUUGUCAGAAGUUCGCGCUCGCGAAAGGCCUGAAUUGGCGGCUGCCUUGCCACUAUUAUUACGGCCAUUUGCUGAGACAUUGUUAGAUGAUCGAUCAUCUUCAGCGGCCACUGCAUUAUUGAAUGCGUGCACCACUCCAAUGCCGACUCCUACGGCUCUUGCAGAUUUGUUCGCAGCAACACUGCAAGAAGCGCCUCCAUUACGAAUUACACGUAAUCCAUCUCCAGCAGAACUAGAGGACGCUCUAAAUUCACCAGUAUUUUCAAUGUUUAAUUAUCUUGUUCGAGGUGGUGAUAUCACAGAAGCAAAGAGAAAAUUAGUUUUAGAAACAUUUAAAGAAAUUUAUUCACAGAAUUCUGUUCACAGUGUAGGUUACUGCUUAUUGUUCUAUCUGAAAGUAUGUUAUGAAAGGGCUCGACGUGCAGAGCGUGAUCCAGUAAAAAAAAGAAAUGUUAAAUUCAAAGCUGACAUAUAUAAAGAGUAUUGUAGUUACUUAGAGUUGAAACUUGCUGAGAGUUUAGCAGAUGACUUUGAAAAGUGUCAAGAAUGUGAUGCCAAUGUACUUGUCUGGUUGAUUCCAGAUGUUUAUAGAGAGUUUAAAGACCAGGUCCAAAACCACAUCAGAUUGUUACAUAUAAUUGUGUCUACAUUAGACGCAGGGCAGUUGCAAAAACUUGUAUGUCUAACACUACAAGGCAAUUUAAUGAUGUUUAAAUCUGAUGAUAUAACAACUAUGCUUUCCACUAGUCUUGGAUGGGAAACAUUUGAACAGUAUUGUCUCUGGCAACUUCUAACAGCACAUGAAAUAUCAGUUGAAGAUGUACUGCCAAUAAUUCCUAAACUGUCUUAUAAAGAUCAUGCCGAAGCUCUGACAUCUGUACUUUUAAUGUUAAAGCAAGAGCGUCCCACAGCAGAUGUACUAAGGCAAAUGUUUUGCAGAACGCUUGAUGAAGAGGAUACAUUUGUUGUUUCAACAGUUAUGUACUGGUGUCAGGACUAUGAAGACAAAGUUGCAGACUUGUUAGCUGUUUUAUUAAGCUCAAGAUACCCAGGCACUAGUCCCAAUAAGAGAAAACGUCCUGGAAAACAUAACAUUCCACCAAACGCGCCACCUUCGGCAGAACUAAUUUUAGGUCACUUAGAUCAAAUAAGAGCAUGUUGUGUUGAGCAAGAUGAUAUGUCAAUUUUUAACAUGGAAUGUAUACAGAAAGCUCUACAGCAGUCACAGUCGCAUAGUAGUGAUAGUUUAAAGAGACAAUAUAGUGAUCUGUUUUCAUUAGCUUGGGAAGAUGAACUUCCUAUUUCAAGAAGAGCAAGAAAAUUAGUUUCAAAUUCAUUAUUAACUAUUAAUCCUAACUUACAUUCAUCAAAUGAAGAUAGUGAGGAGGAAGAAAUUGUUAAACCAAAACAAGCCAAGCGACGAAAGAAAGCUAUAUCAGAUAGCGAU